CCUGCAAGGCAAGGUUCCAUGCCACCGCGGGUGGAGGAGGACCCGCCCUGGCUGCAGCCCUCGGGCUGGGACGAUCGGAGCAGGGGCGGGUCGCGCGGGUGCCCUCACCGCUAGCCGCCCAAUCGCCAGCGGCCCGCCGAGCCCCGGGGGGCUGGGGCAGCGGGCGGAUCGUGCCGCGGCUGCGCCGACGCGCGAGCGCGGGGCCGGGCCGGGCGGGCGGGCGCACUCAGUCUGGCGGCGGCGGCAGUGCGCGGACAGACAGACGUGUCGGGAGCGCAGCAGUGCCCGCAGCCCAGCAGCCCGGGCCGCGCCCGUCGGCCCGCCCGCCUGCCCGCCAUGGUGUCGUGGAUCAUCUCCAGGCUGGUGGUGCUUAUAUUUGGCACCCUUUAUCCUGCGUAUUAUUCCUACAAGGCUGUGAAGUCCAAGGACAUUAAAGAAUAUGUCAAAUGGAUGAUGUACUGGAUUAUAUUUGCCCUCUUCACCACAGCAGAGACGUUCACAGACAUCUUCCUUUGCUGGUUUCCAUUCUAUUAUGAACUAAAAAUAGCAUUUGUAGCCUGGCUGCUGUCUCCCUAUACAAAAGGGUCCAGCCUCCUGUAUAGGAAGUUUGUUCAUCCCACGCUGUCUUCAAAAGAAAAGGAAAUCGAUGACUGCCUGGUCCAAGCAAAAGAUCGAAGUUAUGAUGCCCUUGUGCACUUUGGGAAGCGGGGCUUGAAUGUGGCGGCCACGGCAGCUGUGAUGGCUGCUUCCAAGGGACAGGGUGCCUUGUCGGAGAGACUACGGAGCUUCAGCAUGCAGGACCUCACCACUAUCAGGGGUGAUGGUGCCCCUGCUCCCUCAGGCCCCCCUCCACCAGGGACCGGGCGGUCCAGCGGCAAACAUGGCCAGCCCAAGAUGUCCAGGAGUGCUUCCGAGAGCACUGGCAGCUCAGUGUGCACCUGCUGCUCCACCUGCAGGACCCGGAAAGUGGUUGAGGGAGAUGUGAAUGAGGGUGGUGUGAAGUCAUGGGAGCCCCACCAGGUCCAAAGCCCACUGGCGUUUUCUGACGAGGAGGAGGAGGACCUGUUGGAGUUCAUGUACAAGUAUAAGGCACCGAGGAGGACGGAGUUGCCCCUGGAGGCACCGCCUAGAACCCUUCGAUCCCGCUUCAGGAAGAAAAGUACCUCAUCCCCGGCCACUGAAACCACGUGAGUGAGAUGAGCCAACAGCACCGGAUCCACAGAUGUCUCUCCUCUGCCUUAAAGAGCUAGUCACUAGUACCACGGAAGUCCGUAGGCUGGGUGUGCUUCCAGUGUGCAGCCUCACAGACAUGGCCUUUACUUGCUCCCCUCUUCUGCCUUUGUUUUCUGUUCUUUCCUUUCUGUUCCUGCUGGGGAGAGGCUAAAGGGGAAAGGUGGUGGUGGAGGGUGGUCUUUCCGUCUUCUGGGUUGGUAAUGUCCUACAGUUGGGGCGUCAUUGUGGCCACAGUGUUUCUAGAUAUAUGAGUACUCUUGCCCUGCUGCUGAGAUGGACAUUGUAAUUUAUUUGUUGCAUAGUUUUUAGUCCUGUAAAUGCAAACGAAGUGAUCUUUUUAAAAAAACUUUUCGUUGUUCUUGGUACUAACACAUUGGACUAUGGUGUACAUAUUUAUGGCUUUCAGCUUAAUGUAAUGAACUUUCGAGGGCUGCCAGAGGUUCUGAUAAGUGACAGCUGCAAAAACCAGAAAUGGAGGCAAAUGUUUUGAUUCUAGACAGUGUCUCCAACGUGCUUACAAAGCUAGUGCCAGUAGGGCAUGCCGCCUUCCGCAGGAAGAUGGCCCACAUUCUUCAAGUGGCUGUGUAGUCAGCAGAGCAGAGCUGAGCCAGGGUCUCAGCAACAGGAAAGAAGGUUGCUGAGUCAGGGAAGAGGAAGGAAGCGCAUCUCCUUGGGUUCAAGAUCAGAAACAUCUGAGCCCUUCUGGGGCACUGGAACUGCCUCAGGCAGGCAGGCAGCUCACCCUUAGAACUGCAGAACCGUUGGUGGGGUGGGUGGCGGGGGGGGGGGUGGGGUGGAGGGAUAGAGACUCAGAUGCUGGGAGAAUUUCAAGUAUCUCAGAAUCACUUGGCAAGAGUGUUUCUCCUUCAGGGACCAGUGCUGUGGCUGAUUUCUCCAGGAGGAAGCCUGCAUCUGAGCGCCUUGUUUUAGAGAACAGUAAGCAAAGAGGAAAGGCUAAAACAAGGCUUUGUUUCAGAUGUGUCAAAAUACACAAGACCCUCACAUAACCACCGGAAGGCAGGACCUGGGGAGGACUGAGGCUGAGCUCCACAGGCAGCUGUGGCUCUUGCUUCCUUCUGGCUUGUGUGGACGAUGAACGGGAGGGACUGACACUCAUACUCACUCCAUGUCUUCGUGGAUGUUUUAUACAAGCCAGGACUGCACUGAGAAUUUUGACAAGUGUCUGACUUAGUGGUCUAGGGAGCUGCCCUCCCCUCUGAGAGCUGAGCCCAAUUGCAGGGCUAGUCCAUUUGUGCUUAGAGUUGGUGUUUCCUUUCUAUGUGAUGCAUGCAGUGGUCACAACCCAGUUACUCCUAUUUGGAUUGUGUUUGUUCAUAGCUAUGCCCUGAAGACUAGAGAAGUAGUGUUGUAUACCACAUAGACUGUCAAUAACUGCAGACAGGAUCAAUUACCAAACUGCUCCGUUACUGAGCUACGCAACUAUGCACUGGGAGAUUGCCAGGCUAGAGUAGCUGGACCUUGGCCACUUCACAAAGGGUUCUAGUUGAAGUUCAUUCUGCCAGAUACACCUAAUGAAAUUCUACAAAAGUGAUUUUGUAUUUUAGAACUAACCCUAGGGAACUAACCCAAAAGCUGGUGACUGGGGGGGGGGGGGGGACAAGUAGUCUGCCUGUGGCCCACACCCAUCUGAACCCGUUAAGAAAAAUAUCUGUCCUCUUUAAGCUCACCCAACAGCUCCUGACAGGUGAAAUGAUACCCUGUAAAAUGUAGAAACCUGACGACUGGGUGUAGCUGGGAUGAAGAGAAACAGGUGCAGAAAAGCCCGAGAGAAGCAGCUUUGCAGUGUCCCCCACACCCCCCAAAAAUAAAUGGCUUUAGGAGCAGAGUUUAAGGCCUGUUGUAUUUCCACCAUUUCACAGCGGAAGUCAUAACACGUCCAGGCUAUCGAGUUUGUACUCAGCUAUGCCAAAACCCAGUUUGAAGCACCCCUCCCAGACAUGCUGUAUUACUUCUUGUUCAAGAUUUAAAAUAUAAAGGUAUCUAAAUUGUCUUAUUGUAAAUGUAACUACUUUUCCUUCAAGUGUUGACUAGGGAGUUGUCUCCUCUCUUAAAGACACUCACUAUCGAGCUGAGCACAGCUGCCAUUUCUUGAAAAAUGUGUUUACUUUUCUGACAAGCUGUGCAUUUGUAUGUGGACUGACAUAUGAUGUGAAUGUCCCUGUCCGUGUAGUGGUGUGGUGCUCUGUCCAGUGAGAUAAAUGAAUGUUUCCAGUUUGCUGACUUAGACACGGGCUGUUUACAAAGUGCUAGCUCGAAGGUCGUCUGCAAUUGUCUCAGCUUUGAGUUACUCGCCUUGGAGCACAUGCCCCCUUUCUGAAGACGGGAGAUGAAGUCUCAUGCUUAUCAACUGGAGCUGUAGUCAUCCUCUGCUGACUGUGUGAAAAGCUUGCUCACUUUGCCUGCUGGCCUCUGAUAUGUGUGCUCUCCAUGGUAAACUGUGCGUGUGUGUGUUAAGAGUGCCUGCUGUCAGCACGGCCGUUUUUAGCCUUGCCGGUUUCACCUCGCACAGUAUUCCAAGGGUUUGAAGUGGGAAAAUGUGCUCAUCUCGGACAGUGUCCACUCAGCAGCUGAUGUUCUGGAUCGUGACUGUGCACAUUUCCCCCUCUAGUUCAUUUCUGAAGUCUCUCUAGAAUGAGCUAUAGUUAAAUAGUAUACUGGACUGUGUCUCUAAGGGAUGUAAAUUGCAGUAUUCCAAAGGCUGAAGCUCUGCUGUUUUGUUAUAAUGCCUGAUAAACAUCUUGAAUAAAGUCUUAACAUUUUUCUUUAAAAAAAAAAAAUUGUAAUGUUGGACUUAGGAAGAAAGAAAAAAUAUUUUUUAAAAAGGUGUAUUAUUUUGGUGGUUUUUAAACAAUUAUUGACCUGGACCAGCAAGUCAUUCCUCAGUGGUCCUAAGGGGGUGUACCAGGAGAUAAAAAGGUAAGAGCUGGGGUUGGGAGGUCCUAUACAAGCUAAGUCUUAUCCCAGACAAGUGUAUUAAGAAGUACAGCAUCUUAUAUACAGUUUGCAGGGAGGGGGAGGAGGUGGGGACGGAGCCAGCAGAAAGCCACCACACAGUGCGAUGAAGUCGGCAGGAAGCUGAUCAAGCAGGGACACACAAGGGGAACACAGGCUAUCAUCAUAGACCCAGCAGGCUAUCAGCAUUGGGACUGAUAGCUCCAGUCUCUUCAAGGGAAAAAGCCAAGUUCCCAGAAACCAAAACAACUCCUUCAAGGGCUUGACCCUAGCUCCAGACCAGACCUUGCCAAGUCUACCCUUUGGCAAGGUCACAGAACUAGGUUCCUUUUGUCCUUUCAUCAGGGCCUCUGAGAAAGCCUUGGACUGGCCUGGCCCUCAGUCAACUGUAUGGAUGUGUGUGCCUGUAUAAUGAAUGCAGGUACCUGAG